UUAGCAUUUUGCAGUGAAAAAAUUAUAGUUUGGGUGAUCAUCACUAGUACAUAAUGGAAGUGGUGCACCGCCGCGUGGAGGAGGACGAGCAGCUGCUGCCGCGGCGACGACGGGCAGACUUGGCUGACCGUAGCGAUGAUGACGGUGGUGAAAGCAGUGAUGACAUGAUGGAUGGUGGAUACGAGGUGCAUCAUAAUGUCAUAUCGGAUGAGAAGAGUGUCUAUUUUGACGACAAAAAAGAUACAAAGCUCCAAUGGUCGGAAACCCAGAAUCACGAGGAGAUGUCAAAAUUGGUGAACGACGUCAUCAAUCGACAAAACUUGGAGAAUUUUAAAGCUGAAAUCUUAACAGUUUCGACCAGAGAGAGCGUAGUGGUUGAAGAAAGUGACGAUGAAGAAGUGAUAGAGUUGGAAUUCGAGAGGGCUGUGGAAAAAGUUCACACACACACUCCAUAUUGCCCUAAUUGUAGCAAUCAGAUUACAAAAGUUAUUCUUCGAAGAAAGAAAAAGGCAAGUCCUCGUCCCGACAAGCCGCUCGAUCUACUGGGCUGCCUCAGCUGCUUCAGCAUUUUCAUACCUUCAGGGGAUUGUUUGAAUCCUUUUGGCUUGUUUAAAUCCAAACCAAAAGUGGAAACCCCCAUAGUUGAAGAUGAGCAGCCACCAAUUUCUGUAGGGGGUACAACAACUAUUACUAAUGCUGGAGGAUCCACACGAGGAUUAGAAAGCCCCAACGUGGGCCCAUCAAAUGGCGUAGGGAGUACAACCACUAAUGCUCCAGGGCGGCGUCUGAAUCCAUUUAAAUUAUUUGGAUCCAAUUCGUUAUUACCAAAAUUAGAAAGCCCCAAAACUGGAUAUGAGCAGCAAUCAACUGAUGUCGAUGAGGCUACAACUAAUAAUGAUCCAGAUUUCUCAUCAGGGAUUUUAGGAGAAGCAAAACCAGAGCAUAGUCCAGCUCAUGCGACAGUUGAUAUUCCAGAGAUCAGAGGUUUACAGCAACCACUAAUUCCUGGCAUUAGGCGGUCAAAGCCGAUGGAGAUGUUGAAAUGCAUCGUGUAUGGAGGUCUAAUCGAGUCGAUCGCCAGCUUGAGCAUCGUCUCAUCUGCAGCUGCUUCCGACGCCACCACAUUAAACGUCGUCGUUAUUGGUUUGGCAACCCUACUCAGCGGCGUCUUCGCUUUUGCCUGCAACCUGGUGGAGCUACGAAACGACUGCUCGGACGACAAGUACGAAGAAGUACUCGGGCGGAGAGGGCACUUUGCAUUCCACUCGACAUUCGCCCUGCUUUCGUACCUCGUUUUCGGGCUGGUAGCCCCCACUACUUUCGCCUUUGCCUUCCGCGUGAGCGACGACAGGGACUACAAGAUUCUUGCGGUGGCUGCUGCUGCUUUUGCUUGCAUCUUCAUCCUCUCAAUCGCCAAAGCUUAUGUGAAAGGGACAGAGAGAUUCGGAGGGUACGUUAAGACAACGUUGUACUAUGUUACUCUGGCAGUUAGUGCAUCAGGUGUUGCAUAUGCUGCGGGAGAUCUCUUUGGAAUGGUCUUCAAUGAUCUUGGCUGGUUUCAACAUGUCGAUCCUCCACUUUCUGUCUGGGCCUCAUAUUGAUGAUCAGAUCAGAUUUUCUGUUCCAGAAUAAACAACACACUCUUCAAACUGGAAAUUAAUUUGCUUUUUUGGCAUAAUUGCUUCUUCUAGGAUUUUAGAUUUUUUAUUCUUGUGUUGUAAUGUGAUGAAUGAAAUUGUGCUUCUUCCCCUGUUUCAUUUUAUUUCUUUUCAUGUUAUUGUGUUCUUCAUUGAAUAUACUUGAGCCUCCAGUUGAGGCGAUGAAUAAUUAUUGAUUAAUUUAUGUAUUUAUUUA